AUGGCUCUCGCUAUAGACCUCUACGGCAUCUUCGGAAAAUACGGAAGGUUGUUGGAUGUUUUCAUCCCUUUCCGUCCUAGCACUAUUCAUCCUCGAGGGUAUGCAUUUGUGUGGUUUCGCUACGAACAAGAUGCAAGGGCGGCGAGAGAUAUCCUUAACGGGCGGCGUAUUGAUGGUAGGGUUGUGGCAGUUCACUUCGCCAAGCCCAGAGGGAAGCCGAUUGUGACACCUCAAAAUCAGAGAGAAGGUACGCCGCUUGUACCCUCCUUCUCCUUCUCCCAAGCCUCCUUUGCGGAUAAGGUCAAUCUCAGCAAACCGGCCCCUCCUCAGAAGUCCCAUACAGGCACCACCAUUGUCGCAGAUCCAGUCACAGUUAGCAGGAAAACAAAGGAACUCAAGAUGGGUUUCAUUGGGUUAUUAACUGACCCAAGGGCUUCCAUCUCCAACUGA